GAGCGGCUUCUAGAGCGGUUGGAGGCGGUGGAGGUGCUGCGGCGGGCGGUGGCGGUGUUUGGCGGGGACUGGUUCCGGCUGGGCCUGUCGACGUACAAGUCGCACGACCUGCCCGCCUGGUGGCGCGCUGGCAUCCACGACAAGGGGCUCGUCAAGGGCAUAUUUACACACGGGUACGGGUCGUGGGCGGCCAUCAUGAAGGACCCCGACCUACCCUUUGCGGCGCUCAUAGCGCCCAGCAAGGCCGCCAAGGCCAAGGCGCCGCCCCGCAAGGCCGCCGCAGAGGCGGAGGCGAGUGGCGCAGGCGAGGGCGGGAGAGGCGGCAGCGAGCAGGAGGAUGAGGACGGGGCGGGUGGGGGGGCGGCAGGGGAGGGGGCACCGAAGGCGAAGGUGGUGGUGCGGAGGGUGAAGUACCUGGAGAAGAUGCUGAAGCGGCAGCUCAUCAAGCGCGACAGCUCUGGCCCCCGCAAGCGCAUGUCCGCCGCUGCCAAGGCUGCUGCUGCCGCCGCUGCAGCUGCAGCUGCUGCCACUGGUGCUGCUGGUUCUGCUGAUGCCAAGCCUGCUGCUGGCACUCUCAGUGGUGCCGCUGCUGCUGCUGAUGUGAAUGCACAGCAGCAGCGAGUUCAUGGACACAUGGCAUCCGCUGGUUGUCUGGCAGGUGAUCCACACAGGGCUGGAGGUGGGGGGGAUGUGGGGGGAAGCGGGGGAGGAGUGAACCUGGAGUUUACACUGGAGAGGGGCGCGGGUGCUGGAGUAGGUGUGGGGGGAGCACGAGGUGCUCAUCCUGCUUCAGGUGGCGCUGCUGCUGCUUUGGUUGGUGGUUCUGCAAGAAAUGUGGGUGGGGGUCUAGGCUUGGGCAUGGGAGGGAUGGGCGGGCUGGACUUGAACAUGGACUUGGAUGAGGACAUGGACGACUAG